CAUCCUGCUAUAAAUAAGUAAAGUUUCUUGUGCUAUCUAUCACUCCAGAAGAAGCAAAUUCAGAUGGAUAGCUGCAAUAAUAAUGUUGCUGUUGUUAUGGUGCCUCUUCCGGCUCAAGGCCAUCUCAAUCAACUCCUUCAGCUCUGCUGCUUAGUUUCCAGCUAUGGCCACCCGGUUCACUACAUAGGAUCUGCCCUCCACAACCAACAGGCUAGAGUUCGGGCGAAUGGAUUAGACCCCAAGAAACUAGCCAAAAUCCAUUUCCAUGAUCUUCCUACUCCUGAUUUUGAUUGCCCUUCCCCAGACCCCACCGCCUCGAUUAAGUUCCCUUCUCAUUUGCAGGCGACCUGGGAGGCGGCACAGCUUCUCCGCCACCCCACUGCACACGUUCUACGCGAGCUAGCAUCUAAUACCAGGAGAGUGGUGAUCAUUCAUGAUCCUAUGAUGUCCAUGGUUGUCCAGGAUGCCGCAUUGAUCCCUAAUGCCGAGUCCUAUGCCUUCAAUUGCAUAUCGGUUUUCUCCUUGCUGUCCUUCAGAUAUGGCGGAUUGGGAAAGCAGCUCCCCAUGGAAGCAGAGCUGCAAGAGCUAAUGCCCUGUCUAGAAGGAUGCGCGACGAAUGAAAUCAGGAGGCUCGGGGCUGCUCAGGAAGAGCACAGAAAGCUAAGAGCUGGAGAUAUUCACAACUCCAGUAGAUUGAUUGAAGGUCGGUUUAUUGAUUUACUAGAGGAAGACAAAUUGGGCCCGGCAGGGCCCGAUGACAGGAUGCUGGACUCCACUCUUCAAGCUGCAGGUCAACAGGGCCAGAAGAAGAAGCAAUGGUUUAUUGGUCCUAUACUCCCUGCAAACCCUGGCUUAAUCUCAAAUAACCAUAGCUUCUGCUUAGAUUGGCUUGAUGUGCAACCUCAAAACUCUGUCCUGUACGUUUCGUUCGGUACGAUGACUUCAAUGUCGGAUGAGGAGGUGAGGGAGCUGGCGAUGGGGUUGGAGCAGAGCAAACAGAAGUUUCUAUGGGUGUUGAGAGAUGCAGAUAAAGGAAACAUCUUUUCCGGGGAAUCAAGAAGGAUUGAGCUGCCAGAAGGGUUUGAAGAGAGGGUAAAAGGAAUGGGAUUAGUGGUCAGGGACUGGGCACCUCAACCCGAGAUCCUGGCCCACCGAGCCACAGGAGGGUUCAUGAGUCACUGCGGAUGGAACUCGUGCAUGGAAAGCAUCACUCUUGGAGUUCCAAUGGCCGCCUGGCCCAUGCACUCCGACCAACCAAGUAACAGUUUUUUGGUGGCCAGGAUACUGAAAACAGGCCUGAUUGUAAGGGAAUGGAGGGAACGCCAUGAGGUGGUGAAGUCAUCUGGCAUUGAGAAUGUGGUGAGGAGACUUAUGGCGUCUGAGGAAGGAGAUGAGAUCAGAAAGAGAGCUCAAGAACUUGGGGAAACCAUUAGAAAAUCAGCACAAGAAGGGGGUACUUCUCGUAUGGAACUCGACUCUUUCAUUGCCCAUAUCACUAGAUAG